AUGCACAUUGUAGAAAUAGCUCUCACGAUGCCCAUAAGCAACGCAUGGCCUGAAAGGGGAGUCAGUCGAGUUAAGCUUAUAAAGUCAAGGCUCAGGAGCAGGCUGACCAAUGAGAUGCUGGAGGCCCUUGUUAAUAUCUCUAUGAAUGGUCCAGAGGCAAAUUCUUCAGAAUGUGACACCCUGGUGAAGAAGACCACUGAGAAAUGGCUCCCUGGAAAACGCUACAAUUUGGCCAAAGGGAAGUCAGCCUCAAGAGAAAGCAAGGGCAAAGAACCUGCACCACCAGAAUUAACAAGUGUAUCAACACAGACGGACCCACAAGUUGAAGAUCGUCAGAGUCAAGAAGAACAACAAGCGUUGCAAGAGGAAGAGCAGGCCCUCAUUAAACUUGGCUUAGCAAAUUUUCAAGAUGAUCCAAGUUGUGACGACAGUGACAGGGACAGUGCAAUGGGGAAAGUGAUUUCAGUGACAGUGACUUUUAACUAA